UCUCUCCUCCUACGUAUUCCUCGUACGCUCACGUCGGCUCCAGCGCGGGAACAAGUCGAAUGGCAAAUACCGCCAUGGAGGCCGCGGAGGUAGAGUUCCUGGCCGAGAAAGAGCUGGUGAAGAUUAUACCAAACUUCAGUUUAGACAAGAUCUACUUGAUCGGGGGGGACCUGGGUCCCUUCAACCCUGGACUGCCUGUUGAUGUCCCUGUGUGGCUGGCUCUUAACUUGAAACAGAGACAGAAAUGCAGAAUUGUUCCUCCUGCCUGGAUGGAUGUCGAGAAACUGGAGGAGAUGCGAGACCUUGAGAGGAAAGAGGACACCUUUACGCCGGUUCCCAGUCCUUACUACAUGGAGCUCACCAAACUGCUACUGAACUAUGCGUCUGACAACAUCCCUAAAGCAGAUGAGAUCCGCACGCUGGUCAAAGACAUCUGGGACACGCGUAUUGCCAAACUCCGCCUCUCCGCCGACAGCUUCAUCAGUCAGCUGGAAGCUCAUGCCAAGCUGGACAACCUGACUCUGAUGGAGAUCAACACCAUACGAGCGUUUCUUCUGGACUCUCUGAACUGCAUGUACAAACUACGAUCCAACCUGCAGCCUGGUUCAAGUAAAGGAAAGUUUGUGGACUAUUGAUCCCCAAGAUCAAGGCUUGCUGAACAGGUUCUGAUCUUGGACUGAGCAUCUGAUCAGCCUCGGACUAUUUGUACUUUAUCACCAGGCUUUCGAAGUACUCAGAAGACUGCUUUCUCAGAAAUUG